AUGUCUACCCAAGCGAACACCUCCGUGCCCCCGGCCACCUCCGCCACGGAGAUAGAACAGAACGGCCAAGACCCCACCCCGGCACAGGCAGCAGGAAUGCAGGCCACGAAGGCCGGCAGGAAGGGGAAAGAACCGGCGGCCGGGAGGUCACGGGACAAAGAUGGCGAUGAGGCGAACGGAGGAGACCCCUCCCAGGGGGGGAGCGAGCACAGGCGAACCCGACGAAGCCCCUCCCAAACCAGAGGCGCCCAGCUCGCCGACAGCCCACCACCCGAAAUAUACCUCCCCCCGGGCACCACCCCGCCACCCGCCCCAAGGCCGCGAACCAUGCAGCACCACGAGGCCCAGCAACCGCUGCCCCGACUCCUGGUGCCCCUGCCCCCCCAACUGACCCAACUCCCACAAGGGAACCCGGCAGCAACCCAAACAACAGGUCAGCAAGCCCAAGACGUAGUAAUGGAACCAGCCGCCGGGCCGGAGGGCAGGACAGCGACAGACCAGCCCGAAAAUCCCCACCUCCGGACGACUAUGGCCAACCCCCUAAUGACAGUCCCCCCACGACCAGGCAAGGGCUACGCCGGAGGCCCAUUCCCGAAAACGGUGAUCGAUAGCGGGGACCUAUUCAAAAGCAUCCGCCCCGAGAUCCUUCAAAACCUGCUGAACGAUCCACAGGACUUCCUCCUCCUCCUCCCAUACGGAGCCGGGAGACGACUACACGCAGAGUUCCCUAAUCUCGGCGACGACAUCCUAGAAUACCUCAAGGAGUUUCGGGCCCCAGACUGCGAAGGCAUGACUGUAGUCAGGGCAGCAACCGACACUGUCAUAAAGGGGAAGAAGCCCAGGAUGUACAAGCGCGACUUCGACGCGCCCUGGGUCUUCAUCUUGUCCGGAUUCUCCGCCGAUCUCAGAGAAUUUCUGCUGGGCGUAGGGGUCUUCGACUUCACAGCGGGAGAAGCCAACCACGCGUUCACGGUCCUGGAGGUCGAAGAGAACGUGAGAUCCUGGCAUGUAGCCUACCUAACAGGGGACGGGGUGGCCGGGAACCAGCAGACGAUGGAAGAGGGCCUCACCGCGAUCAAGAAGAAGCUCAAGGACAACGUAAAGGUCCGGGCAUCAGUGCUGGAGUGCUACGCCGGGAGAACCGAACCGCACCUCGCCUCCACGGACGACAAAGUCCAGGACGCCCUAUCCACCCUCGCCAUAACCUUCACCACAGAAGGAAGCCAGAGGUUCUGGCACCUCACCGCAAAACCGGUCACAGACGACCCCGUAAAACACGACAACUGGCUCAAGGCGCUAAGGGAUGGGAAGAGCUUCGUUCUGGGGAGGAUCCUCGCAGUCGACGUCUCCAGGGGCUUCGAACGCUGCGACUUCUGCAAAAACGAAUCUCACCCCGAGGGAGCAUGCCCCUUCCCCAAAACCCAAGGAUGGAGGGGGCCGAGGCCAAGCGACGUCCGAGCAAGAUGGGCGAAAGCAGACAAAAAGGAAGAGGAAGGCGGACAACACGUCCCAGAGAGAGGCCAAUGGGGAGGCAGAGGACGUGGCAACAGAGACCACAAUGGGGAUAACAACAGAGGCGCAACAGGCAAAAGAAAAUGGGACGAGGACAGCACCCCAAAUCCCCCACCCACAAGCCCCAACCGCAAUAAGGCCCAAGCCCAUGGCCACGGAUUCGGAGUAAUCGCGAAGACAGCACUGCGCAGCGAUAAAGGAAAGGAACAGAAUACGCGUCCCGCAAAGAAGAGGAGGGAACACGUCCCAUGCCAACCCCCCACAGUCCGAGAGGGAGGGAAGACAACCAGGCUCUCUGUAGAGUGGGUAAUAGAAAGGCGAAUAGUAUGGGAAGGAAACAGAAGCCGGGAGAUUGUGAAGGUAGUAUCAGGCUUCGCGGACCAAGUCGAAGGGACGACUAGGGAGGUAAACCCCCACUGGACCGCCGACAGGCCCACCCCACCACCGUGCGCAAGUCUGAACUGCGCCAUCCCCAUCACGAUAGCGGCCUUCCCGAACGUAGCGCUCCCUGAAGCAACCAUCCUGGGGAACGUGAGGAAAGAGGUCGCCGACGAGCUCAGGAAAAACCACAGCGAGUACCUGGCCCUGGUGCCAAUUGGAGCAGGAAACAAAAUAUACGAGAAUGCGAGGGAACUCACGUCAGCGGCCGCAGACCUCAUAAACGCGAUAGCAAACGACGACUCCCAGUACACAGUAGCGGCACCGGUACGCGAGGGAGAACCCCCACAUGGGGCCAGAUUCGCAAAACCCUUCGCAAUGAUCCUGCGGAGGCCGAGCGAGGAGCUCCGACGCAAACUCCUGGGUGCGAAGACACUGGCCUUCCGAACCCAGGGGAAAGGCUACGCGUUCACGGCCACCACGAUAUCGCCAGAAGGAAAGUCAUGGGUAGUAUGCAACUACAGGGGCAGCCCAGUCACGGAGGAGACCAGCAGAAUGGCGGAAGCACUCAAGGCCAUUGGGAACCAAGUAACGGCGACAGCCGGCCUACGAACCCUAGCAAACCGCAUCCUCAAGGACGAGAACAUAGGCCACACGGCAGAGGAGAGGAUCCAGGUAGCGAUUGCUGGCCUAAGCCUCAUCUUCGUCGACAGGCUCGACGAGAACGGCCGCAGCGACCCGGUAUGGCAGCUACACGGCAGACCCCUCACGUCGAACGGGAGGAGCAACAAGGAAUGGCUGAGGGCUAUACGCCGAAUCGACUUCUUCAUGGACGCCACCACGGUACUAGAACAAGACAAGAGGCCAGUCAGUUGCGUGUGGUGCAAAUCGGAAAUACACACGAGCCCGUUCUGCCCCAUACCACAAGUCAAGGACUGGCUAGGCCCACCCGUAUCCCAGGAGGCCCUCACGCCAGAGCCCAGGGACACAAGAACGUCGAGAGAGGGGAAGCGAGGGCCCAAGAAGGGUUCAAAGAGCAAGGGCAAAGGCAAGGGCAACUAG